AUGAUUCUAAGAUUCCGUGGUUCAAUUUGGAAUAACUAUAAAUUAACAUGGCUAUGCACAUUGGUAUUGCUUUGUAACAUAAUUAAAGUGUCAUCCGGAUACAUCUUAAAUCAUAAUGGAAUCAUUAGAAACAGCGCAAUAAAUAUAUCGAAUCCAUGUGAUUCGAAUAUUUGGCAGAAAUGUAAGAAUAAAUAUAAUAAUUUUUAUUUGAAGAACGCCUCUAAUGAUUUAACACAAACAUCUAGUUACAUUACUGACGAUAAUGAAGAUAAACUGUCUGAAAAAUUGCCUGAGUCUAGCAGUAGUUACAGCAGUGACGAUAUCAUAAUUUUGGAAGGCCUGAAUGCAGUCAGAAAGAGACCCGGAAUGUACAUCGGUAACACAGGAGAACGAGGAGUUCACCAGCUGCUUUACGAGGUUCUAGAUAACUCAGUUGAUGAGUACCUGGCAGGGUUUUGUAACAGGAUAUGUGUGAGUCUCCUGAAAGACGGGUCAGUGGAAAUAUCGGAUAAUGGGCGCGGCAUACCGUGCGAUACAUCGCCAAAAACAGGAAAAUCAGGUUUAGAAACCGUACUGACGAUUUUGCAUUCCGGAGGAAAGUUUCAAGAUAUUUUGAACGAUAAUCUCUCUUCAAGUGUUAUUGAUACUCCUAACAAAAAUGGUAGAGAAAACUUAAAGGAGCAUGAAAAGAAGAUAUAUGAAUACAGCAGUGGAUUACACGGAGUGGGUCUCAGUGUAGUUAAUGCACUGAGUGAGUUUUUGUUCGUAGAUGUUUACAAGGGAGAUAAAAGGUAUCACAUUGAGCUUUCAAAGGGGCACAUAACAAAGCCACUGGCCGAGUAUCCUUUGAAUCAGUCCGAGGAUAAAUCAUUGGCUCCGAACAAAGAUACUAAUGCUAAAAAUGGCAUCAAUGGAAAGAAAUACGGAACGAAGAUAAGGUUCCUACCGGAUUAUCAGAAUAUAUUUAAGACACACCACCAGCACAUUAAAGGUAAUUCAGAUGCUGGAAAUCAAUGUCUUGGAUGCACAAACGGGUUUCAGUUGGAACUUAUUAAAACGCGUGUCAAGGAGCUUUCGUAUUUAAACCCGGGGUUGUUUUUUGAAUUGGUUGAUUAUCGCAUAAAAGGGGAUAACGGGUAUUUCAAGGAAACGUAUCAUAACAAUGGUGGAACGAGGGCGUUUUUGUCGGAACUGACAAAGGAUAACACCCCUUUGUACAAGCCGAUUCAAAUCAUAACGAUUAAGGGGAAUUACCUGGGUGUCAACUUGGAAGUUUCUUUUAGCUGGUCCAUGGAGUCAUACACAGCCAUGAUCAAGGCAUACGCUAACAACGUUAGUACGUUGGCUGGCACACACAUCGAUGGGUUCAAGACCUCGAUUACCAGGAGUGUAAACGGUCUGCUUAAGAAAUACGGAUACUUUAAAGGAAGUAUAAAGCCACUCAACGGAGAAUUUAUAAGAGAAGGCAUGACGGCAGUGAUAUCAGUUAGGUUAAGCGGAGCUGAAUUUGAUGGUCAGACUAAAACGAAAUUAGGAAAUGCAAUAGUUAAAACGGCAGUAGAAAAGAUUACAAAUGAGCAACUGACGAAAAUAUUGGAUGAAAAUAAAGAACUGUUGAUUGCGAUUCACAACAAAUCACAGGCAGCCAAGAAGGCAUUUGAUGCAGCGAAGACGGCAAAGGAGCUAGUGAGACAAAAAUCGUCAAGUCUAAUUUCGAACAUAUCAGGAAAGCUGACUGAGUGCAGUAGCAACGAUAUUGAGAACAACGAGCUGUUCAUAGUCGAGGGAGAAAGCGCAGCUGGAAACGCGAAGCAGGCCAGAAACAGGCAGUUUCAGGCAGUGUUACCGCUGAAGGGGAAGAUACUAAACAUUGAGAAGAUAACGGACAACAACAAGGUGUUGGAAAAUCAGCAAAUCCAACUUCUGCUGGACACAAUUGGCAUCACAGUCAAUCCAAUAACGUGGAGGGAGAAGCCGUCGGUAAUAAGCGCACCAGUUCACAGCAACUCGCUAUUAGGCAUGAAGAGGCUCAGAUACGGGAAGAUCAUCUUGUUGACCGACGCAGACGUUGACGGGUCGCACCUAAAGUCGCUUCUCCUGUGCCUGCUAUACCGACUCUGUCCGAGUCUGUACCUGGAGGGGAGAGUGUAUGUCGCAGCUCCGCCCCUGUAUCGAAUAACUAACCUGAAGAACAAGAAGUACAUAUACUCCUGGUCGCCCGAGCACCUGCUGCAAGUGAUCGAUCAACUCAACGCCAACAGUGACCCUGACGGUUUCGACGACAAGUCUCCGAAAGAGGUUGAGUUGAAGGACGAGUUGAGGUCGACUGACGUUGUCCAGAUUGAUGCCGUUAAUCCUAACUUUGAGGGCAGUCUGAACCCCAACGCUGGCGACAGCGAUCACGACUUUAAUAGGAGGCUCAGCAGGAGGAACAAGCGGUACGUCAUUCAGCGGUUCAAGGGGCUCGGCGAGAUGAUGGCGAGGCAGCUGUGGGAGACCACCAUGGACCCGAAGACCCGCAUUUUGAAACGGAUCGUAGUCAGCCACCAGUACGAAAUCUCCGCAAUAAUAAAGAUGCUGAUGGGAUCCGACGUGGAGUCCAGAAAGCAGUACAUCUUCAACAACGCCGACGCCUUUCAACUCCACGACUUGGAUAUAUAA